CAAUCACCGAUUAGCCGAUAAGCGGUGCGCCAAUCAAUGAAAGGCAUAGAAUCCGCUUUUCCUGUCAGAAGGUUGACGCGUCGAUUCCCCGCCUUUCUACUUCCUCUUUUACAGUGGCAGUGAGCAAGAGACACCAUGAAGGCGUCUGGCACACUUAGGGAGUACAAGGUAAUUGGGCGUCUCCUGCCCUCUGCCAAGAAUCCCACCCCUCCUCUGUACCGCAUGAGGAUCUUCGCCCCCAACCAUGUGGUGGCCAAGUCUCGCUUCUGGUACUUCGUCUCCCAGCUUCGCAAAAUGAAGAAGGCAUCCGGAGAGAUAGUCUACUGCGGACUGGUACAUGAGAAAUCCCCUCUGAAGGUAAAGAACUUUGGCAUCUGGCUUCGGUAUGACUCUCGCAGUGGCACCCACAACAUGUACAGGGAGUACAGGGACAUGACCACCUCUGGGGCUGUCACCCAGUGCUACCGUGACAUGGGGGCCCGUCACCGUGCACGAGCCCACUCCAUCCAGAUCAUGAAGGUCCAGGAGAUCGCCGCUAACAAGUGUCGUCGACCCGCCAUUAAGCAGUUCCACGACUCAAAGAUCAAGUUCCCGCUGCCACACAGGGUCCUGCGUCGCCAGCACAAGCCACGUUUCACCACGAAGAGGCCAAACACUUUCUUCUAAAGGGAGUGUUAAUGCUUUUCAGAAUGUGCUUGAGAAUAAAAAAUACUUUAAAAAAUCA